AUGAAUGUAAUUACAGGUACUAAAAUUCAAAAUGUAAUGUUACCUUUCAUCAAGAAGGUAGCAAAUUGUUCAUCCAAACGUACCUUGUACAACUUCGGAGUGAAAGAAAAGAAAAGUGUGGAUAUUGAAGUAAGUAGAACCGCACAAACCAAAAAAAUUGACCAGUCAUUGUCCAAAAAGCUCCCCAAAGGUACUAUCUACGAUCCGUUUGAUUUUUCUAUGGGUCGGAUUCAUUUAGACAGAAAAUAUCAGGCAAGCAAGAACGCAAAUAGAAAUGAUAUAAUGAAAAGUGGCGUGAAUCCCUUAGAGUUCUAUGCAAGACCAAGAAUUCUUUCAAAAUAUGUCACCACCACAGGAAGAAUCCAGCAUAGAGAUACCACAGGCUUAUCGGCCAAGAAUCAAAGAAGGCUAUCAAAAGCUAUAAGAAGAUGCCAGGCAAUAGGCUUAAUGUGA